AUGGAGCCUUCUGGCUCACCUUCCCUGCUUGCUGAGCAGGGCAUUCCAAAAGGCUUUAGGAAUUACUUAGAGGUGUACCAGAAAGCCAUUCCUACAACACUUUUCAAUGAUGAAAUCCCCAAGGCUGCCUGCAAGUUUGUCAAGUCUCACGUGGACUCCAGCAGUGUUGAUUCCCUCUUCUAUGCUGCACAGUCCAUCCGGGUCCUGGCUGGCUGUGAGGUUACCAUUUCAAAUGAGACCAGGGAGCUGCUGCUUGCAGCUGUCAGUGAGGACUCCUCAGUCACCCAGAUCUUCCAUGCUGUUGGGGCUUUGAGUGCCUUUGGCCUUCCCUUGGCAUCUCAGGAGGCACUUUCUGCCCUCACUGCUCGUCUGAGCAAAGAAGAGAGCGUGCUGGCAACCAUCCAGGCUCUGGAGACGGCAUCUUACUUGUCCCAGCAGGCAGAUCUAAGUGGCAUUGUUGAGGAGAUAGAGGAUCUUGUUGCUCGCCUGGAUGACCUGGGUGGAGUUUACCUGCAGUUUGAAGAAGGGAUUGAGGCAACUGCCCUGUUUGUUGCUGCUGCCUACAAGCUGUCAGACCACGUGGGUGCAGAGCCAGCCAUGAAGGAGGACCAAAUUAUCCAGCUGAUGAAUGCAAUUUUUAGCAAGAAGAACUUUGAGACGCUCUCCGAGGCCUUCAGCGUCGCUUGUGCCGCCGGCGCUUUAUCCCGGAACCGCUACCACUUGCCUGUCAUUGUUGUCCCUGAGGGGCCUGCAGCUGUGUCUCACCACCAGCCUGUGCUCAGGCUGCAAGUGACUGAUGUUAUGUCCCAACCCCUGACUCAAGCUUCUGUAACACUGGACUAUGCCAAGUCUGCAUCUAGCAAAGCCACCAUCCUUCAACAGACAGCCUUUGCUCUCUCUGGAGAUGUUUUUGAGCUGAACUUCAUGAAUGCAAAACCUGCAAGUGGAUAUUAUGAUUUCUCCAUCAGUGUUGAUGGAGAUAAGCGAUUUAUUGCUAACAAAGUAGAGCUGAAAGUGAAAGUUUCCACAGAAGUUGGGAUUACUAACGUGGAUCUUUCUACUGUGGAUAAAGAUCAGAGCAUUGCACCAAAAACAACCAGGGUUGCUUACCCAGCCAAAGCCAAGGGCUCCUUCACUGCUGACAGCCACCAGAAUUUUGCUUUAUCCUUCCAGCUGAUAGAUGUGAACAGUGGAGCUGAACUCAUCCCUCACCAGACCUUUGUCCGACUUCACAACCAAAAGACUGGCCAGGAGGUUGUGUUUGUUGCAGAACCAGAUAGCAAGAAUGUAUACAAGUUUGAACUGGAUACCUCUGAAAGAAAGACUGAAUUUGACUCUGCCUCUGGUACCUACACUCUUUACUUGAUAAUUGGAGAUGCCACUCUGGAAAAUCCGAUCUUGUGGAAUGUGGCUGAUGUUGGGAUCAAAUUCCCAGAAGAGGAUGCACCAUCCACGGUCCAGUCCAAGAACCUCUUUGUUCCCAAACCUGAAAUCCAGCACCUCUUCAGGGAGCCUGAGAAGAGGCCUCCCACUGUGGUAUCUAACACUUUCACUGCAUUAGUUCUCUCCCCGCUGCUUUUGCUGCUCGUUCUGUGGAUAAAGAUAGGUGCCAACAUCUCCAACUUCAGCUUUGCUCCCAGCACCAUUGUUUUUCAUCUGGGACAUGCUGCAAUGUUGGGACUCAUGUAUGUCUACUGGACUCAGCUCAACAUGUUCCAGACUCUGAAGUACUUGGCCAUUUUGGGUGGUGUCACGUUCCUGGCAGGCAACAGGAUGCUGGCUCAGAAAGCAGUAAAAAGGACACACUAGUACCAGAAGAAUGGAAGAAAUGGGAAAAAACAAAGCAAUUGCCUUCAGAACAGAAGUGAAUAAAUAACUGAAAGACCACAAGAAGAAAGGCAGAAGCAUUUUUAUUUUUUUUACAUUGUCAAAAGGGUGCCAGUUAUACCUUUUUUUUUUUUUUUUAAUCUGAUUUUCAUCGUUGUGUUGAUGCUACUUGAGGGCUUUUCAUAUGAAUCUGGAAGUUCCUUUCUUCCCUGAAUCCUUCACCCUUUUUUGUCCCAGGAUGUUUGAAUUUCCUUUAGAAAAAGAGGAACAGAAAUUACAGUUCUGCUUACCCAAGUGCUAAAUGAUUUGUGAAUAAAGAGGA